GCCCCCGGUUAGCCUCCGUUCUCGCCGUGCCUACAGCAGGGUCUGCGCAUGCGCAAAAAACAGCUGUCAUCCGCGCACGGAAGAAGCCCGGAAAGCAAAGCAAAGCAGGGAGCGAGUGAGGGGGAGUGUGGCCGCUCCCCCGACCCUGCCGGGCCGUUAACUUCCCUGUCCAGGAGGAAGUAAAAGAAGGAAUUGAAGACACUAAUUCACAGGACUGAUAUUGAGCCACAAUGGCAGCUGUAGUCUCGGACAGUCCUCCAAACCCAAGCUGCAAAAUUAUGACGUUUAGGCCUUCAAUGGAUGAAUUCAGGGAGUUCAACAAAUACUUAGCGUACAUGGAAUCAAAAGGUGCUCAUCGUGCUGGACUUGCAAAGGUGAUCCCACCCAAGGAGUGGAAGCCGAGAAAACAUUACGACGACAUUGAUGAUUUAGUGAUUCCAGCUCCAAUUCAGCAGAUGGUCACUGGUCAGUCAGGGCUUUUCACUCAAUACAACAUUCAGAAAAAGCCAAUGACUGUGAAAGAGUUCAGGCAACUGGCCAACAGUGACAAAUACUGCACUCCAAGGUAUAUAGAUUAUGAAGAUCUGGAGCGUAAAUACUGGAAGAAUUUAACCUUUGUGGCACCGAUCUAUGGAGCAGAUAUCAAUGGGAGCAUUUAUGAUGAAACACAAUCAGGGAUGGAUGCUCCAGCUCUUCAAUGGUUCCGUUCCUAUCUUUUUGAGAGAAUACAAAGUGUAUUUAUGGGUAAUUGUUUCUCUACUUUGAGGGUUCUCUCUUGCCGAAUGAGUGCCACAAAGGCUAUGUUGUCAGAUCUCUUGUUCAAUGUGUACCUGAGGAGACUGGCAGGUUUAGUGGGGAGACAUGAACUGUAAUACAUUCAGUAAGCUGAUGAUGCUCAACUCUGUCUCCAUUACACCUGACAUGGCCAGAGAAGUAGAGUGAAUGACAGAGGGAGUAGAUGAACUUGGGGCUUGAAUGAGAGCUAGCUGGCUGUGAGAGACAGACUUUCAUGCCACACACCGCUCUUCUUCUGGUCUGAAAAAGGAACCCCGAGUGUCACAGCUAAAUGCAAGGUGGAACAGAUUGUUUACAUAAGUAUAAUAUCAUCCUGGGACUGAAGUGGCUACAACUACACUGCAUGCAGCUAGCUGGCAACAAUUCAGUCCACACUAAGAUAUUGUUGGAGGGUUAGGAGAAGCAGCUGGAACAGUGGUGGUGAACCGCCACGGCAAACCGCAGCCACUGGGAGCUGUGGGCAGCCGUGCCUGUGGAUGGUCAAUGUAAACACUAUCUCAUGGCCUGCCAGCAGAUUACCCUGAUGGGCUGCAGGUUGCCCACCAUUGAGCUGGAAGAACUGACAGAACUUAUAUCAGCACCCCUCUUUUAAGGGAGUGUAAUUGCCAUUUGUUAAGCAAGUGUGAAACUUGGGGGUCUUGUUAGAUCCUGGGCUGCUCUUAAAAGCCUGAGUAGUGGUUUUAGACAAGAGUGCUGUUUCCAUCUCUGUCUGGUAACACAGAAGCAACAUUUUCUCACCAACACGGAGACAUUGCCACAGUUAUUCGUGUCUUUGUCAUUUCAAGAUUAGAAUCCUGUAAUAAACUCUACAUAGGGCUACACCUUCAGACUAUUCAGAGGCUGAAGCUCAUGCAGAAUGUUGCAGCCUGCAUAUUGGCAGAGUUGUGCAAUGGGAGCACAUUAAACCAGUGAUCUGUGAUCUGCAUUGACUCCUAAAAAGCUUCCAGGUGGGAUUCAGAAGUUUGCUUUCAACCUAGAAAGUCCUAAAUGGUUUGGGACCUGGUUACAUGAGAGAAGACCUUUCUUCCUGUGAUAUACCAUUUAACAUUUGAAAUCAGCAGAGACAUUUGAGCAGGACGUUGGGCAUACCUGGAAGGAUGAGAAAUACUUGGAAGGAUGUGGCAGAUGAAGGAUGGGAGCAAUGUUCCCUCUAAUUUUUGACAGGCUGUGUGUGGGGAAAAAAUGUCUUCUGUGCAAAUUUUUGUGCGCGUGGUCUUUCGCCGUGAAUGCAGGGUUUAGGAUCUGUGUGUGCGUGCACACGUGCACAGCUUAGAGGGAACAAUGGAUGGGAAUGAGUUCCAAAGCAGAGGCUAAUACUGAUUUCUCAUCCUUUCAGGCUUGCUGCAAAGCUGGCCUUUUUGCUCUCUUUUUCUCAAGCUAUUGAGGAGGGCGGAUGCUGAUGGAAGGGGUUCGUUAUAUUUCUGUAUUAUGUGUGUUUUAACCUAUGGAAUUGGUGCACAUGUCACAGAAUAUAUCCAUAACUCUAUUUUGUAAAUGUGAAGAAAUAAUAAAAUACCCCAGUACAACUGUAUGUAUACUGUAAGUGGCUAUGUAUACUGUAAGUGGGUCAUUCUGAGUAUCUUUCCUUUACUGCUCUACUUGUAUGUUUUUGAGUGCGCAACCUUUUAGUCCCUCCCUUCAUUUUUAUUUGAGCUGUUUCAACCAAAGUCAUACUUUAAAAAAAAAAAUGGUGGAGGGAGGUACAACAAAUUUCUCAGAUUGUAAGCUCUUUGGGGGCAGAGACUGUCUUGUUGUUCUGUUUGUACAGUGCCUAUCAUAAUGGGCCCUUGUCCAUUUCUGGGGCUCCUAUAAUGAUUAAUAAUAAAUUAUCGUCCAGAUUAAUAAUGGAAUUAAUCAACAUACUAGAAGUAAAAAUGCAGCACCAAAACAGCACAGACCAUAAUAAUACAUGCAAAGAGAAAUUGCUCUUUAAAAAGAGUCGUCGUCUUUGUAUGGCUGAUGUAAAUGUAGAGCAACAUCUACAAUUUUAUAUUUAGAUGGUUAAGCCAGAUAAUUGCGUCUGGAGCAGCAGAGUAUAUUGCUGUGAUAUCUCAUUCAUAUUUGUGAAUCAGGCGUUAAGUUGUUAUAUGUUCCAUGGUCUGCUCUGGGUGAUCACCGUCGCACGCUGGAGAGUCUUUAAUUUUCCAUUUGUGCAGCACGUAUCCACAUCUUCCGUGGUUUGUGUGGAUACAGUUUAGGGUUACCCAUGAACUUUGUGGAAGAUCGAAGUCAUGAACCCUCUGUGUCAGGUCUUUCACGAGGUGUUUAUUUGUGAUUUCUUGUGGACUCCAUUCAACUUUCCAAGUUUCAUCAGGGUUGAAGUUGCAUUGUUGAAGGUUAAAUGCAUGGGUCCAAAAGAGCUUACUUGACUUCAGGUGGUGGUGAGGGAUGUUGUUAAGGUCCUGGGGGAUGGAAAGACGUUCAUUCUCCACAAUCCUCUGAAAUCCCCGAAGGGUUGUGGCAUCAUGGCAAAUGGAUGGGGGAGCAAUGUGUGACAGCAUGGGCAGCCAGGGUGUUGGGGUCAACUUGAGGGUUCCAGUGAUGCACCGCAUUGUAGUGUUCAGUUGGAAUCAACAAGUCGAAUGUGGCUACUUCUGGUCCAUACUGUUACACUGUUCUUGGCUAUGGAGUACACAAGGGCCAUCGCUGAUGUCUGUAACUUUGCAGGUGCUUCCCAGCUUGUGUUUGCCGGUUUUUGGACCAGGCUGACCCUUGUCUUCAUCUUGGCAGCUACCUUCUUCAGAUGGUUAUGGAAGGUUAGCCUGCUAUCCAGCUUCAUUCCAAGAUAGGUCAGAGUGGGAUCAUGUUGCACAGUGGCCACAGAAGGUCACUUUUAGGACGUGCUUAGCAUUCCUGUUAUCAAGAUGGAAUGCAGUGACUGUUGUUUUGUGAGGAUUUUGCUUGAGCCUCCAUUUCUGGAACUAUUCCUCCCUGGUGUUUAGGUCCCUGUUCAAGGUGGACUCAAUGUCACUGAAGGUGGAUGCUUAUUUUGCCAGGCAAGGUCAUCCGCCUGUGCAAAUUUGCAUGACUUUGUUGGAGGCACGUUGCUUGCUUGUGCAAACAUUAAAGCAUUGGCUCAAGUACUGAACCUUGCGGCAGUUCAUAGUUGAGGAACCAAGGCGAACUGACUUCGUUGCCCAAGUGGACACGUAGCUGCCUGUCGCUCAGCAUCGUCCAUAGCAGGCGUAGUGUUUUGCGGCAGGGGAUGAUCUUUGCGAGCUUCAGCAUCAAGCCUUAAAUCCAGACUCUAUCAUAGGCUGAUGACAGGUCUACAAAGGUUGUGUUGGUCUUAAAUUUCCUCUGGAAUCUGGCCUCAAUGUUAAAAAAAGACUACAGGAAACUGUUAGUUGUUCUGUAGAGAGGAGAAGCAAAGAAUGGUAUCAUACCGCUAAUGAUAAUUACCCUUUAAAAAAACCAAAAUGAAUGGAAGUUAGUUUUACAUGGGACCCAUUUUUACUCUUAUCAUGGAAAGUUACAGAAGAGCUCCUGAGCCUACUUUAAAUCUGGAGCUAGACCUUUCACUUGAGCUACUGAAAGCUACAAUAUUCUUUGCUCCUUGAGAAAGAAGAGAGUCAGUUUUUCCAGGACUCUGUGAGUUUUCAAACCUUUGCUAGAGUUGGCAUCUAGCUUUCCCCUUCCAUCUCCACACUGAGUUGAAAGCUGAUUCAAAUGCUAUUAACAGAGCCAUAUGAACACGGGACAGUCGUUAACAGUAACAAACAGGGUUUCUACACACUAGCGCUUACUUUGAUAUAACAUAAGUUGCUCAGGGGUGUGGAAAAGCCACCUCCCUGGGCAACGUAAGUUACACCGACCUAAGCACUGAUGUGGACAGUGCUGUAUUGGUGGGAGAAGUUCUCCCGCUGAGAUAGUGAAUGCCACUCGGGGAGGUGGAGUAAUUAUGCUGACGAGAGAGCGCUCUCCUGUCAGCAUAGAGCGUCUGCACGAGCAGUGCUACAGCAGUGCACCUACAUCGGUACAGCUGAGCCACCGUAGCGAUUCUAGAGUAGCCUAACCCGGUCACCCAACACGUUAGGAAAAAGGGAACUAAUGAUCUUUCAUUUGAACUGUUACCUGUAGUUCAGGCAGCACUUCUCAGAGGAAAUAAAAGGUAAGUCUAAUGUGCUGCAACAAGGGCCAUAGAUAAUUAGUCACUAUAGGUAUGAAACUUGUAAAAAAAAAAAAUAAAUAAAUAAAAAAUUUGCUUCUUUGUUACCUUUUCUCCCUGGUUAUCUUAUUCUGUAUUUCAUCUUUUAAAUAAAAAAUAAUCUGUUACUGCACAUCUUUGUCCCUUAGGUCAGACUGCCUGAUGUGUUUUCUGAAAAAAACAGCCAUUACAUUUGACAAAUAUGCUCCUAAAAUAUAUGUAGAAAUUAGAAAUAUUUUCAUAUAAAUUUUUAUUGGAAUUAAAGAACAGUUUUAUAAUCUAGGUUAGCUCCAGAAAGAUGUUAAAUAAAAAUAUUAACUCUCAGUUUUCCCCAAAUGCCCAGAAUAAUUAUUGAUUGUAUUCUUUCCACAUGCUAAGGAUGACAACUAAAUGGAUUCUAACUGCCUUUCUACAAUCCAGUGGCUGUCUACUAAACAUUACAUAUGAAUGAGCCUGGGUACUAUUAAUUUAAUGCUGGAUAUUAAAUAUAAAAUAGCCAGUUGAAUUUUGAGAGGUAUUCUUAUUAAGCGUUGAGAUGUUGGAGCUGAGCGACACUUUUAGAGCUCCGGUUUUCUUUGCUGUCAAUGUUGCAAUUGUGAGAAUUAAACACAGUUACAUUGUUGUCAAUGAGACUUGACUCCAUAUUAUACUGAGCGAAUGUUUUGCUUUGAAAUGUUUGGAAUACCAAAACAGUAUUUUCCAUUUUAUAAAGUAACAUCUUGCAACAUUACAGUUGCAGAAAUAAAACUGAUUUUCUUAUAUAGUCAAAGAGGAUUAAAAAAGAAUUUAAAACUGGCAAAAAUAUUUUUAGAUCAUCAUUUGCUAAUAACCAGCUAAAAUGUUUUUGUCCAAACUCUAUCAACAUGUCCUCCCUGGCUGAGAACUUUCAUGCUAUGCAUGAAGUUAACUUGAGUAAAUGCAAAUAGAUCAUGUAUAGGCUGAAGGAGUUGUGUAUUUUGUGUAUUCCGUACUCAUUUGGUUUUCUAUGUUCAUAUGGAAAUUUGGCCUUGUUUUUGGAAGAAAACUGGCAGUGUGUUGAUUGGUAGUGGUGAGGAAAGUGCUAGAAAGCUAUAGAUACAGUAAAUUAGUAUCAGAUAAAUUGGUGACUCAGAAUGGUAUGAGGAAUUAAGAUAGGGCUAUAAAAAGAGUAGACCUUAAUGCUUUGUUGGUUAUUUGUAAGAAAGCAACAUUAUGGAAGCACAAUGGAAUCUCCAUGAUUAAGGUUGUUUUCAGUUUUCCACUUAAAGCAGAUAUUCAGUGCCUUUGUUCCUUAGAAAGAACACAGUGCAUCUUCCCUAAAUUUACAACACAUAAUCUGUGAGCAAAGAUUGAAUUUUCUAGGGAUUUUCAAGUAAAUCUGUUAAUUAAUUUGAGUAAAAAAUAAUUACAUUUGGUCUUUUAAGUUUAUUUUGAGUCUCAUAAUGUUUAUAUUCUGCAUACAAUUACUAAUUUGAAAGGGGCAUUUUUUUGUAGCAUCUAAGGGAAAAGCUAUUUCUUAAGUUUACAGCUAGGUUAAUUUUUGCAAUAUUGACAAUACUCCUUAUAACUCACUGUUUCUUCAUCACAUAUAUUUUUAUGUCACAUUUAUACGCCAGAAUCUGGGCUUUUGUUUAAAAUAAUUUUAUUUGUAGCCUUUGUGGUUUUGAAGAAAAUCUUGAAAACCUGAACUGAGAGUUUUAUUUGCUGGCUGGCCCUGUAAUUUAUUUUUUAAAUUUUUUUAUUUUCUGGCUGGCAUAAACUCAUUUAAUAAAAACCAGGAUCUUUGUGAAUGUGCACCUCCAGCUUAGCGGCCCAUGCUGUUCUUCAUUAAAGUAGCCAUUGUGGUCAGAGAUCCUUCCUAAAACUAAGAAGCUCAGAAGUUUAUACACAGAAUCACUACUUUGUGUAUCAGUUAAGGUUGCUGCACAUGUCACACACAACCUCCAAAGCAAGGGAAUGAAAAUGAAGACACUUAAUGAUUCAUACCCUCUCCUCCUCUACUCAGAGAUGCUGCCUCGCUGACUGCAUGACCACCAGACAUCACAGACAAUGUAUCACAACCUCAGUUCUGCACAGAAGGGAUGCUGGCAUUUCAGCACUCCUUUCCCCAAACUUGAGUGAGAUUUCCCAGAAUUGUGCAGAUCUUCAGACCAAAAAUCUGGUCUUGCUUAACUGUGAGCAUGUGUUUAAGUCCUGUUAUUGUCAGGGAGCCUUAAACGCAUGUUUAAGUGCUGUUCUAAAUAGGGAUGCGUUCUUGAGUUGGGGCCUAAAUUAUUUUGCUUGAAUGUCCUGGUGUUCUGUAUCUCUAUAUAUCUAGUAAUUUCUACCUUACUGGUACUCCUGAUUGCUGUUAUAAUAAAAUGUGAUUUCCUUCUCUUAACUUUUAGGGAACAGCUCUGAUUUCAGUUAUUUUACAUCACACACAGUGAUGCAUAUCUUAGCAUCUGAGAUUAGAAUUGCUCUUAAUGGAUAAAUAUAAAAUACAGCAAAAACACCACGUAGGACUUUAAAUACAGAAUUCCUAUAGGUUAUAAUGAUGGUAAAAUGAUUGAAAUUCCAUGCAGUUCUUCAGAAGAUUUCCCCUUAAGUAUUUUAUUGUCCAAUAUUUUAUUAUAAUUAAA